CGUGGGGCCGGAGGGCCCGGGGGAAGGGCACACGGUGCCCAUAGCAACCCCUCUGCGGCGUGGAGCGGAGUGCGGAGAGCCAGGCGGAUCCCGGCCGCUCCUCUGAGAGCCUGCGGCCCUGACUACGGCUGCCACCGCCGCCUCCCCCUCUGGCCGAUAGAGGAGCUGAGGCACUAAUACCUUAAGACCAACAUUUUCAUGCUUGCUUGACUUCCUAAACAACAGCCCAGUUCUUCAAGAAUUCUAACAGUGUGAAAUCUUAUGAAACAGUGUGAGUUGACUUUGGUACUGGAAUGAUGACUACUCUAGAAGCUGUCAAGAAGGAUCAAAAUUACACAAGUGUACAUGAGGCAGUGAAAGCUGGUGACGUAGAGCAGCUUGCAGCCAUGAUAAGAAGUGGAGCUGGUAUUAAUGAGGUGGAUUUAGUCCACAAAUUCACACCAUUGCACUGGGCUGCACACUCUGGAAGUCUGGAGUGCCUUCACUGGUUGCUCUGGCAUGGAGCUGAUACAACAGAGGUCACUGUCAGAGGCUGGACUGCAGCUCACCUUGCAGCCAUCCGAGGUCAGGAUGCUUGCCUGCAGGCCUUGUUAAGAAAUGGAGCAAAUGCAGAAGCUCAAGAUGACCGUGGGUGCACAGCAUCACACUUGGCUGCAGCACACGGGCAGUCCUACACCUUGCAAAACAUACUGCGAAGUGGAGUGAAUGUAAAUGUUUCAGACAGGAAUGACUGGAAGCCUGUUCAUUAUGCUGCUUUCCAUGGUCGCUUGGGGUGUUUGCAGCUCCUGGUUAGAUGGGGAGCGUGUGUGGAUGAUGUGGAUAACAAUGGAAACCUUCCAGCUCAUCUGGCAGCAAUGGAAGGACACUUGCAUUGCUUUAAAUUCUUGGUCAGUAAAAUGGCCAGUGUCAUCCACACACUGAAAGCCAGGAAUGAUCAGGGAGAGACUCCAAGGGACUUGGCUGAACGGUUCUAUAAAGAUAAUAUUCUGCAGUAUAUUGAUAGUCUGGAAAAAGAGAGGGAGCAUCCAGAGUCACAGGAAGUUUUAGCUUUCCCAGCCCAUAGUGCUGCUUUCAAAGGGGACUUAUUAGUGCUUAGAAGUUUAGUGCAAAGUGGAGUAAUUAACAUUAAUGAGCGGGAUGAUAAGGGAUCUACUCUCAUGCACAAAGCUGCUGGACAGGGCCAUAUCGAUUGCUUGCAGUGGCUGAUUGAAAUGGGAGCUGACUGUGACAUUACAAAUGAUGCUGGAGAGACUCCAAAGGAUGUAGCCAAGAGAUUUGCCCAUCUAGAAGCUGUGGAACUUUUGAGACAAAGAACUGGAGACUGUAACUCUAGUGAUGAAGAACUGGAUGCAAACAACAUAAAGUUUUUUGAAAGACAUGGUGUGGAAGGGAGUACAGAUAGCAAGGAAGAUUUAAGCCUGGAUAAAGCAGAGAAAAGGAAUGCACGCAUAAGGGCCUAUCACAAGAUUCAAGAACUUCAGCAACUUCUAGAAAUUGCCUACAGCAAUUACAGACAGCUGGGUGGAAUAACUGAAGAGGAGAAGAAGAUGAAAAAAGAAAAAAAGGAAGCUGAGAAGACUGUGAAGGAGCUGGAGGCCCAGCUGGAAUAUGAGCGAGUCAGGCGGGAGAAGCUGGAGCGCGAGCUGGAUGAGCAGCGUGUGGAGCUGAGGCACCUCAGAGAGAGCCUGGGGAAACUCCCCCCUGCACUGCCCCUGGGAGCUGAAACCAUCUCCAAGCCUUGCAAAGAGAAAAAGAAAGUAAAAAAGAAACCAGCCUGCAAUCCUGGGGGAGUGUUUGUGAGACUGCGCUGAGGAAGGAGCCUCCCACCAGGGACAGGCAGGCUGAGGGGGCAGAAUAGCAACAUUCUGGACUCUGCAAAGCCCUGGCAUACCCAGCUUCACAGGUGAACCGUGGCUCUGUUUCACUGAACUACUUCUUUUAGUUCUCUGGGACAGAAAAUACUUUACAGAAGCAGCAGCAUUUUUAAUGAAAAUAUCUUCCCCAGAUAAUCAGACAGGACCUUCAGUGUGCAACCAGAAUACAAUCUCUGGGACUACUCUCAACUGCAGACAGAUACCAGGCCCCUUGAUUUUAAUCUUCAAGUAUUUCCUAAAUAAGGCAGGACAUGACUUCUUCAUGGGGUGCCAGCCCAAUGGCAGCAAUGGGCAUCUAACUCGGGGCUGAAGAGUUCACAAGCUUAGGGGCAUGCUGUGGUUAGAGACAACAACCCUAACCUCUCCUCCACAGCCAAAUAAUAUUCAUGAAGUCACAUACACUUAUUUUUCUCAUGUGUGAGCAGUUAUGAAAUUCUUUUCCAUUUGGAACCCUCAUUUUGUAUCUUAAGACUUGAUUCCAAUGAGGUUAAUUUGCUAGUGUUUGACUCCUGUCUGUCCUCUCCUUAGUUACCAAAGGAAAUUUCAU